AUACGAAUAAAACCAAGAUUCCGACUCAUCAUUUGAUCCAAAUGUGAUAUUUUUGACCAACCCAAAUCCAAACCUAAUAAAUUGUAUUUUUAAAAGGUCGGGUUCAAUCCAGCCCCCAAAUGGCACCAUAAAAACAGAGGGCAAAUAGAGUACUACUUCAUCGUCUUCUUACACACGACCUCUCACAAAAUCGACACCAUGGAAUCGGCUUUUGGUUUCCGGCUGAUUCCAACCACCCACUCUUCGUUUCUUCCACACCACCUCCCCAUUAAGCUCAGAUUACCGAGCUUACAACGUUCGAGCUUCGUUGAGCAACAACGUAAUCGAAAGAACGUGAUUACAAGUUCUUAUGGCUCCGAAGAAAACGGUCCGCCUGAUGGAUUCCAGUUCACACCAACCAAGAUUUUUAUGGAAGAGGCAAUCGGAGCUGAAUAUGGAGAAGGUUUUGAGACAUUCAGACCAGAUGGACCAUUAAAAGUUGAUGUUGAUUUUUUAAAUGAUCGACUACAAGAAGGUUUUCUGAAACGAAUUCGAUAUGCUAUGAAGCCUGAUGAAGCUUAUGGACUUAUUUUCUCAUGGGACAAUGUGGUGGCUGGUACUCAAGCAUUGAAAUUGAGUGCUUGGAAACAACUUGCACAUGAAGAAGGAAAGGAGAUCCCUGAUGAUGUUCAUAGGCUUUUGCUUCAUGGUGCACCUGAUCAUGUUUUAGAUAAGGUGUUGUUGUGGGGGAAUGAAGCAUGUGAGUUAGAAAGAUUAAAGUCGAAGCUUUCACAGUUGUAUAGCAACAAUCUCCUCAAGCUUUCAGAACCCUUGGAAGGCCUGAAAGAGUGGUUGGAUGCAGUAUCAACCGCCCGAAUCCCUUGUGCUGUUGUUUCUAGUCUUGAUAGGCGAGUCAUGGUUGAAAUAUUGGAAAAUAUGGGGCUCAUGACAUAUUUCCAGGCAAUAGUAACGGAAGAAGAUGGCAUGGAUUCCAUGGCUCACAGAUUACUUUCUGCUGCAGUAAAAUUGGAUAGAAAGCCAUCGAAAUGUGUGGUGUUUGAAGAUGAUCCACGGGGUAUAACUGCAGCUCACAACUGCACGAUGAUGGCGGUUGGGCUUAUUGGUGCACAUCCAGCGUACGAUCUGGUGCAAGCUGACCUGGCAGUUGGUAGUUUUAAUGAAUUGUCGGUGAUUAACCUGAGGAGACUUUUCGCGCAUACAGGCUCAACUUUCAUGGAACUACAAAAGCAAGUCGUAGAGAAAACACCUCCAAGAAGGAGACUUACAAUCGACACCAUCUACUGAUCCAGAUUAUUCCCAUAAGUUCUUGUAAAUUUUUGUAAAUUAACAAAAACCAAAUCUUUAUUAAAUAGACAUUUAUAUAUAUGCCAAAGUCCAAACCACAGUUUAUUUAGGAAACAUAAAGGAGAUAUUUUAAAUUAGUAAUUACUAAUUACUCUCUACCUCUAACCACCAUAUUGGAAGCUUUUUCGUUCUUCAUAAUGGCAUGAAACAGUGAAGCUCGAUCUUCUUCCACAAUUUCUCUAAGCAACUCGUCUUCAAUCUUGGGUGCUGACCAAUGAGAAGGAUCUUCCACCAGUUCCUCACUGAAAAUCAUACUCGACACCCAUUCUUUCCAUGUGGUCCUGCUGUGUUUCUCUUCUUCUAGGGUCCCCGUUGCAAGCAACUGGUAGACAUAAACCACUUUGUCUUGACCAGGGCGGAAAGCACGAGCGAUUGCCUGUUUGCUUUUAGAAGGAUUCCAUUCCGAAUCCAAUAAGAUCACCCGUGAAGCUGCUGUGAGACUAAUUCCUUCAGCACAUGCAUUGAUGGAAGCCAACAUGACCUUCGAUGGACCUCCAGCCUCUUCGAAUUUAUCCAUCACUCUUCCUCUUUCGAAUAGCUCCAGCUCUCCUUUAAGGACUAGAACCUCUACGCCUUGCUUCCACCCGUAAAACCGCUCGAAUGUUUCUAUAAACAGAUUCAUUGGAGCAAUGUUGUGGCAAAAUAUCAAGACCUUUUCUUUUCUGAGUAGACAACGAGGGACUAAAUUCAUCACAAAUCUGACUUUGGAGCCGAGUUUGAGGUCAAAUUUGAGUCCGUUGAGGGCUUCUAAUUCUGCUGGUUCAAAAUACUGACUUGCACAUGCUGUGGUUUGUAUCAACCAGGGAUGUAUGGACCCGAGUGUGAUUAAAAGUUCAAGUUCUAAAGGAAAGCCUUUGUACACUGGUCUCCUGUCUUGAAGCUUUUGCAAGAUUUCUUGUUGAAUGGUGGUGGACUUCAUCAUUAAAGUGUAACAUUGCAGACCUGGAAGAUUUUCAGCACUGCCACCUUCAUAGUUGUCGAUGAACUUGCUCGUCAAGCUUCUUAGAAUGUUCAACCCUUGUUGUCUGUCCUUUUGAACGUUUGAGUUGAUUUGUUCUGCUAUUUUAAUAACAAACAAUUUUCUCGCUCUGUUUUCAAGUGAAAAUUUCGAAAGAACGCCUUUCUUUCUACUCUUGAAUUUGGGAUCUAGUUUUUUCAAGACCUCGUUGACGAAACGUGGUCUGGCUAAUGUCAAAGUGUUGAAGUAUUCACCAAAGUUGUUCUGGAAAAGAGUACCGGAUAGAAGGACACGUAACGGGGUGUCGACUUUCAUCAAGGCUUUCCUUAGUCUUGACUUUGUGCUUCUUGGGUUAUGGCCUUCAUCGAGAAUUAGAAUCCCGGGACAUUGGCGAAGGACUUUGGCCAUAUACUGGCGAUGAGCAUAGCUUGAAUCUUCACGGGUGAGUGUUAGAAAGGAAGUGUAGCCCAUUAAGAGGACGCUUGGGGUUGUGAGCCAUUUUUGAAUUUUCUCUAAACAGUCUAACACAUGCAUCACGUCUUGGUUUCGGGGAAGGCCGGGAGCCAGUUUCAGUUUGUUUUUUAAAACUUGUUCUCUGUAUGUCUGACCACCGUGGAUUUGGUACACCGGAAUCGGAAUCUCCCAUUUAAUGAUUUCUUUGUACCACGUGUAUAAAGUUGUUUUUGGAGCCAGAACCAAAGGCCGGGACCCAGGAAACAGCUUCAAGUAGCUAACAAGAAACGAUAUUAUAAGCAAUGUCUUCCCUGCUCCUGGAGUGUGGGAAAUGACACAGCCGCCUCUUCUCUUGCUGGCUGCUUCCAUUUCUGAAGGUAUGAUAUCUCCAGCUAGAUUUCUCCACAGAAAUUCGAAAGCUCUUUUUUGAUGAAACCGUAGUUUGUCUCUAAGGUUGGGAAUCAGGGCCCACACAUUUUCGUUCUCAUCUGAUACAGACAUGUUGGAUGAAGCAGGACGACAUGCAAUUUCAAGACGUGUGUCUGCAUCUUGUGUGUUUUGCUCUGAAUCAUCUUCUUCUGUUCGGGUUUCUUUGCUAGGUGUCCAGACUACACCUGGUAACUAGGAGGGUGAGACGUCUUUUAUUUCAGAUCUAACAUGACCACAUAAUCUACAGAUAAUCCCAAACUGUUCAUUGAGUCUGUAAUCAUGUCGACAUUUAGGCUCCUGGCUCUUAGAUUUUUGCAUUUCAUUUAAACCCUCUGUUUCUUCCAUAAGAUAUGUUGUGGCGAGUGCUAAUUCCAUCUCCUUCCACAACAUUUCAAGUUCCUUUUCUUCUGUCAUCUCUUCUUCUUCCUCUUCUUCUUCUUCUUUCAAAGGUACUUGAUUAUUCUCCCUUAGUUCCAAGGAUUUGCCCAACUGAAACUGUUUCCACUGGUCAAUCACAGCUGGUUGUUCUAUGUUGAUGGAU